CUUCCACUUGCUUCUUUUGGAUUUCUGAUUGUUUGUUUUUCCUUCAUUUUCCAGUCAAUUUUUUAUUAUUAUUUUUGUUAGUUUUUUUUUUUUUUUUUUUUGAUUCUUGUUAUUUAUUCUUCAACAUCCAAAUGGCAGCUCCGCCCGCAGGCGCUCCUGCAACACAACUACAAAGCAUCCGCCACGAUCUCAGUUGCAUCACUGCCGCGCAGCAGCCAGGAGCGUCCGUCGGCCUUGUCUUUGCCUCGUGCGAUUGCCGGCCAGCCAAAGAGACCAAACAAGCACUCCGAUUCUUUGAGACUUCCAACACAUGGGCAUUGUGCUGCCCGUACUGCCCGGAUCGGGCUCCCGCGCCAUUCACGACGGUCGAAGAGUACUUGGCCGCAGCGCUCGCGCUGACCGCCCACAUUACCAGCGAUGCCCACCGCACCACGCUCAAGACAUACUGCACGACCUGCCCGCUGCCAAACUGCGAGCGCGGCCGCGACUUGUCGGGGAUGCCGGCGUUCAACCGGUACCGACAUCUGGCCGAUCACGCCAUUGUCACGUUCGAGUACAUUUGCCCGGUGGAAAACUGCGGGCUUCGCUUCAAGGAGAAGAGCGACGCGACGCGCACCAACUUUCAUCGCAAGGCACAUCCCGACGCGUGGUUGACAGAUCCCACGUUGCGCUCAUGGACGGAGGCAACGCCCACGACCCGCAACACGCGCGCUCCUCGCGCCACUGUUUCUGCUGCAGCUGUUGCUCUUCCUCCUCCUGCUGCUGCUUCUGACUUUCUAGCCCCAACGGAAGCAGUCCACCCCGAGCUUGACGGCGCUGAUCUGGCAACAGCAUCCUACAAUCCGGCGGUAUUUUCCACCAUCACAAUGAUGCCCAUCAAUCAGCCUCCAAUGUGGCUUGAAGCCUAUCCCACUUGGUCGGAUUCUUCCACCGCCGCCGCCGCUGCUGCUGCUGCUGCACAACCUUACUCGUUCGCGUCAACCGACGACUCGAGCGGCGAUGAAAGUGCUGGCCCGUUUGACAUGGCCAGCCUGUUGACCGGCCUCGGCGACCACACAUUCCUCGAUGCCGAAGACGCCAUCUUUGACGACAGCAUCGUGUUUUCGGAUCCGCAUUCUGGCCAUUCCGUGUUUGACUGUGUCGAGUGCUUCCUGCGCAACGCCAGCGACAACGCGUACCGCACAACUCAGAGUCCGAUGGGCUUUUACGACGAGCUGUAUCCGUUUUUGGCCGCAGUCCAGUCGCAACCCGAGCAGCAGCAGCAACAACAACAACAUCAACAACCUUCUCUUCCUUACAAUCCCGAAGCGCUUUCGUGGUACGGCUCUCCAGCCCUCCACACUCCCUAAGUUUAUUCUUUCUUUUCCAUCCGCUUUUUGGGUUUUCUUUAAGUCAUUCCUUUCCCUCUUCUUCCCUACCUAUCUCUCCUUAUUCUAACUAUUUACGGUAUUAUCAUCCUUCUCUUUUUCAUUGUGUCAAGCGACAAAAGAGCGGCAAACUUUGCGGUGGACUUUUCCACUUUUUGUCUUUCUCUUCUUACAUCUUCUUCUUUCUUCCCCCCCCCCCGCAUAGUUGCACGGCUCGCCUCCUUUUUGACACAGUCAUUCUGUGUCGAGGCUUGACCUUCCAGCAGCUUGUAUUGCGACCCUAGUUUACUAGUAUCGUUCAUUGUCGUGUCGGAUCUCGAACAGAGCUCUGACUGGCAAACGCAGGUGGUUUCCGUCUGUGUGAGCUUGCUUGUACAGAUGGAAAUCGUCUGC